GAGACCCAGACUCAAGAGUGGCCAUCGGCCGGUUAGGGCUUGCGGGGAAGAUGGAGUAUCCCGCGUUGGGCACUGCGGAGGCUGCGGACAGCGGAGGGGCCCGGCUAUACAACAGCUCGGAGGAGCGGGAGGGCCGGGAACCGGACGGGCUGCGCUUCGACCGUGAGAGGGCGCGUCGCCUGUGGGAAGCAGUGUCCGGGGCUCAACCAGUGGGGAGAGAGGAAGUGGAGCACAUGAUCCAGAAGAACCAGUGUCUCUUCACCAAUACCCAGUGUAAGGUUUGCUGCGCCUUGCUCAUUUCUGAGUCCCAGAAGCUGGCACACUACCAGAGCAAAAAACAUGCCAACAAAGUGAAGAGAUACCUAGCAAUCCAUGGAAUGGAGACAUUAAAGGGGGAAACGAAGAAGCUAGACUCAGAUCAGAAGAUCAGCAGAAGCAAAGACAAGAACCAGUGCUGCCCCAUCUGUAACAUGACCUUUUCCUCCCCUGUCGUGGCCCAGUCGCACUACCUGGGGAAGACCCACGCAAAGAACUUAAAGCUGAAGCAGCAAUCCACUAAGGUGGAAGCUCUGUCGAAACGCCUUACAAACCCUUUCCUUGUGGCCUCCACCUUAGCCUUGCACCAGAAUAGAGAGAUGAUAGACCCAGACAAGUUCUGCAGCCUCUGCCACGCAACUUUCAACGACCCUGUCAUGGCUCAGCAACAUUAUGUGGGCAAGAAACACAGGAAACAGGAGACCAAGCUCAAACUCAUGGCACACUAUGGGCGGCUGGCAGACCCUGCUGUCACUGAUUCAUCAGCCGGGAAGGGCUACCCCUGCAAGACGUGUAAGAUAGUGCUGAACUCCAUAGAACAGUACCAAGCUCAUGUCAGCGGCUUCAAACACAAGAACCAGUCACCAAAAACAAUGGCAUCACCCCUGAGCCAGAUUCCAGUGCAAAGGCAACCCAUUCAGAAAGACUCAGCCACAUUGGAAGACUAGAGGUGUUUCUGUCCAGCACUCCAGGUUGAGCCAGCCAUGAGCCACUUUCCUGUGACCGUGGUCAGCCCUUGGCUCCCUCUUCCUCCUUUCUUACAUCUGGAGAAUACAGAGGCCUGAGGCAGGAAUGGGCCACAGACAGCCUCUGAUUGGUCCAGGCAAAUCCACCCCUGCUCCUCCCCUUUAGAAUGGGCCCUGCAGGUCAGGACAAGGGAAGCACAGAUCUUGAGAGGACUUGGGAUCUCAAGUGGUAGUUUGGAGGAUGGCCUUUCCCCUUCCCUAGCCCCUGUGGGCCAUAUGUCAUGAGGCCCCAGGCCUGUCUUUUCCUCUGCAGGUCAGUUUUGGACCAGUCCCUGCAGCUAAAGAACUGAGCUCUCCCUAGGUUCUAGGCAUCUCCAGUGAAACCUGGAACUUUCAUGCCAGACCUUAGCCUAGGCAAGAAAGGGCAGAUGGAAGUGGCCACUGCAGGGAAGCUAAUGUGACACCUCCCAGAAAGUGUGGGCUUUUCUGACCCUGGAACCAGAUACUGGCCAGUUGUACAGAUUUCUGUUCACUGUGAAGUCUCCUUCUGGAGCAAUGACACAGUCCUGGCAGAGCAUUGCUGUCCCUCCUGCCCCUUUUCCACUGUUUCUGAAUGGUGCUAAGGAUCUGCAGCAGCUGAGGCCAAGCAAGAGCUGGAGGAGGCCUCAGUACCUAGUGGGAUCCUGCUCCAAUGGGUGUCUCUCCCCACCUCCAUCAGAGGUGUUCUGACCCAGGGUCGUGUGGGAAAGUCCCCACGUACAGGUUUCCUUGAUGAUUCUGUGCCCUUAAAGGCAAACUGCCUUGUGCCAGCCAGCUCAGAGAUUCAUUGCUGCCCUUCGGCCCUACUAGCCGUCUCCUUCCCCUUGUGCAGCAGACUACCUGCCCAGGUUGCUGUGGUGCUAGCCCUCCCCAUCAUCCACCAGGAGAUUCCUGGGUACCAGGGAGUGGAAUGAGGCCCCCAGGGAAAGAAAGGAGAGCUGGUACAGUGAGGAAACAGAUAUUCCCCAGGCCCCAAACCUAGCUUUCUCCAACUCUGCUGUGUUUUAUGGCCUGGGAGUUCACUGGGAGUGGAUUUUUCCUUGUAACUUUCAAACAGGAAUUCCGGGGAGUGGCACCAUCAGAGGUACCUCUUCACUGGGUCAAAGAAGCCAGUAGCUGCUCUCAUGGCCUUCUCCCCGCUCCCUAUCCUUUUGCCUGUGAAAUGCCUUUACGUAUCGUGUGUGGUUGUGUGGGUGUGUGCUUUUGCUCUCUCUCAGUCACUGAAGCAUCUAAAUAAAGAAUUUCUCUCAUGAGCCAAACUGCAACUUAACAGACCUGGGAUUUGGGGCCAUAUUGCCAUUGGAUCUAGUAUGUGUGUCUUGACCCCUCACCCUACUCAGACUCCCAGGGCCCUAAAUACUGAUCUUAGGACUUAGGACAGAGACAGACAUCCAACCUGCUUGGCAACCCUGUGGAAGUCUUCCCAGGUGCCCUAAAGUCAAUACUACUUCAUCUGCUUAUCCACCUCCCCCUGUCACAGAGGGCCUCAUGGAGGUCUUUAGAAGGUUUAAGUUGAGAAUCAACUUUGUUUGAGUGGAUCAUUCUGGCUGCUAUGUGGAGAAGGAAUGUAGGAGAUCAGGAAAAGAAACAGAGAGGGAAGCCAAAAUGGAGACUGUAUCCAACAUGGCUCUCUCCAGGUCAGCUCCUUUGGGGCAGAGACCUAGCCUCAUUCAUUUCUACUUUCCUAACGUCCAAAGUGGUAUGUCAUGAAGUGUGUGUUGAAUGACUGAAUAUGGGUGCAUAGGAAGAGAUGGCUUUUUCCUGCUCAGCUCUUACACAGCGAUAGGUUUGUUCCAUGAGACUUAUAAGCCUAGUGAUUCUUAGAAAAACCUCUUCUAUGACCCAGAAAUCAGCUAGGAAAGGGUGAGUGAUGGCCUCAGGAGCCCUUUGUUUCAGACAGCCAGGUCUGAGGAAGGUGCCUAGGCAACCUCAGCUCCCAUUCUUCCCUCAGCAAGCUGUUCUGGGGUACCUCCUCUUGGCCAGCUGGAAAGGCCCUACAACGGCCCCCAGGCUGGGUUCUCAGCUGUUAUCUUCCAAAACCCAGACUGCCUCCAAAAUUUCUCCCGACUCCUUCUACCGCACCCAGGAUGUUAGAAUUAGCCCCAUCUGUGAGGCAAGGAAGUGAAGGGCAGAGGGGUGGGUGGGCUGCCAAACCAUGAGCCCUUGGCUUGCGAGACUUCUUAGUCUGGAUUCAGGAGUCCCUGAUAGCUGUGUGUCCAGCCCUAUUGGUGUGGGGACACAGGGAUGAACACUUUCUUGCCCUUAGGCGGUUCACACACUGUUAAAGAUCAUUAUGGUGAUGGUCACAGUACAGGGUGCUGUGGGAACACUCAGGAUGCAGGCCCUAACUCGGCCAAGGGUAUGAGAAAGCUGGAGAAGUUGCGAAAUCAGCAUUUGAUCUGCGUAACAACCUUCUGAGCUAGGUGAUGAUAUUCCAUUUUAUAGAGAAGGAACAAGGCUUAGAGAGGUGCAGUGAUUUGCCCAAGCUCUUGACACUAAGAAGUGGCAAAAUGGAGAGUGGAAUCCAGUUCUCUAGAUUCCUAGUCUAGAACCCUUUCCAAAUAAGGACUAGCAUCCUUCCCUCAUCCAUCUGGGUGACCCUGGGCCUGCCUCACCCAUCUCCUGGCAGCGCCGUGGACCCACAGAGCAAGCAGCCACUCAGGGCAGGGGCAGCAGCAGCAGCCGUCACAAAACAGAUUGGACAAAGCUCAAUGGUUAUUUUAUAUCCCAAGCCCCCCGUACCUCUCAUAAUUUUACCCAAGAUUCCCAGUGUAUUAGACUCUAGUUAUAACUAAGAAACUUAAAUCAAAGUGGUUAGCUAAAAAGAAAUUUAUUGAGCCAGCCCUGAUGGCCUAGCUGUUAAAAUUCAGCGCACUCUGCCUUGGUGACCUGGGUUCGGUUCCCGGGUGUGGAACCACACCACUCGUCUGUCGGUAGCCAUGCUGUGGUGGCGGCUCACAUAGAAGAACUAGAAGGACCUACAACUAGAAUAUACAACUAGGUACUAGGGCUUUGGGGAAGGGAAAAAAAAAAGAUUGGCAAUAGAUGUUAGCUCAGAGCAAAUCUUUCCCAGCAAAAAAAAAAAAAAAGAAAUUUAUUGAUUCACCUAAUGAAAAAUCCCAGUACAGGGAUGGCUAGAUCCAGGUUCUGACACAGUGUCAUCAGGAAGAAUUUAAUCUUGCUCUACUUUCCUCUGUGUGGCCUCUCUCCAGACUGCGGACUCGCUCCAGAAGGAAACAAGAUGGCCACUGGCAGCACCAGGCUUAUAUCCUGAUAUAUUGGCAACUGCAGUGGAAAGAACAUCUUUUUCUACUAGUUUCAACAAAAAAUUCUGGGACUGACUCAUCCAGCUUGGUCCUGUUCCCUUCUCUAAGCCAAUCACUGUGGCUAGGAAAUGGUACUCUGGUUUGGGGCCUGGGAAGGAAUGAGCUCCACCUAAAACAGAGAGAGAGAGAGAGAGAGAGAUGUCCCUAAAAGAAGGAAGUGUGGGCUCCUUCCAGACUAAGGGAGAAGAAUGGAUGUGGGUAGGCAAAAAUAACUGUUGUCAACCAUACCCAGAAAUUCUUUAUUUAACCAUUUCUUUAUUUUUCCCUAACUUUUUGAGAUACAACAUACAUUUAGUAAUAUGUGCAAAUUUUGAGAGUUCAGUUUGAUGAAUCCUCACAUGUCUACACAUCUGGACAGUCAGUCUCCAGAUCAAGAUACAGAACAUUGUCAGCUCCCCAGAAGGUUCCCUUGUUCCACUUCCUAGUCAGUAUCCCUGAGAAGUAAACACUAUUUUGACCUCUAUCACCAUAGAUUAGUUUUGCUUGCUCUUGAAUUUUAUAAAAAUGGACUCAAACAUACAUUCUCUUGUGCUCAAUAUUAUGUCUGUGAGAUUCAUCCAUGUUAUCGUGUGUAUCAGAAGUUCAAUUUUUUCCUGCUAUGUAGUAGUACGUUAUAUUCUACUAUUGAUGGACAAUUGGGUUGUUUCUAGUUUUGAACUAUUAUAAAUAAAUCUGUUGUGAAAAAUUU